CAGUUCGGCAGUCACUUUUCUGGCGGAAUUGCGCAGAUAAUAGUUUUCGAGAAAAAUGCCUGUGAAAGUUGAUAUCGUGCCUCCACCCCCAGCAAAUUCGAAACAGCCAGGCGUUACGAGAUCUCUACUAUAUAAUGGAUCUAAAUUUCAAGGGCAUCAGAAGUCAAAAGGCAAUAGCUAUGAAGUGGAAGUAGUUUUGCAGCAUGUUGAUGAAGAAAAUUCAUAUCUGUGUGGUUAUUUAAAGAUAAAGGGCUUGACUGAAGAAUUCCCAACUCUAACAACAUUCUUUGAUGGAGAAAUUAUCAGCAAAAAGUAUCCAUUUUUAACAAGAAAAUGGGAUGCAGAUGAAGAUGUUGACAAAAAGCACUGGAGUAAAUUUGGGUCAUUUUACCAGUAUGCAAAAACAUUCAACUCGGAUACUUUCGAUUAUGAAGCUUUGAAAUCAACUGACUUUGUUUUUAUGAGGUGGAAAGAACACUUUCUUGUGCCUGACCAUACUAUCAAGGAUAUAAAUGGUGCUUCAUUUGCUGGCUUUUAUUACAUCUGUUUCCAAAAAUCUGCUGCUACAAUUGAUGGCUAUUAUUAUCACAGGAGCUCAGAAUGGUAUCAGUCCUUAACAUUAACACAUGUUCCAGAGCAUAGCAUACAAAUUUAUGAAUUCAGGUGAAAUUAAACAGUUUUUAUCAGGAAGUUACUAUGAGACUUUCCAAAGCAGAACUGAAAUGGUGCAUAAAUAAAAAUUCUGGUCAGCAUAAACUUCUGUAUAAAAAAAAUAUUGGACUGAGUGUGUAAAUAAGAUGCAUAUGAGCAAACGCUGUAGCUUCAGUUUAAAAUCUUAACAUUCUGCUAGAUUGUUGGCUCUAUUUUGUGCAGUUAUUGGUAUAAAUUUUAAUUUUAAAAUUUUUUGAAAAUUGUAGUGAAAGUAAUCUUCCUGAUGGCUGUAGUGGGUGUUUUUACUAAAGUGAUGCACUGUCCUCUUAAUGAAAUCAUGUUUAUGGCUGUACUGUACUAGUAUUUUUUAAAGUUUUAACAUCAGUUUUGGAAUUUUUUAUUUUCAUGUCAGUUAAAAAAAAGUAUUGCAAGAACAGUACCAUUAGUCACUUCAAUUUUAAUAUAACUUUUGAAUUGUGUGAAUGAUGUGUCACAUUUUACCAUGUCUAAAUGUAACAGAUGUUUGUUUUCAUUUAUAUUAUAAUGAAAAGUAUGUGACUAUGUAUGUUGGAAAAAGAAUGAGUAAGUUAAUAAACUUUUGGCUGUUUAGUUUGUGACGUUGAGCAUCUUGUAACUUUUGUGCUGAUAAAACAAAUUCAUUGCAAUUUCCUGUCUGAUGCCGUAAUUGGCUUUUGUUAUAAAUAGAGUUGUUUUAACUCAUUAUCUUGAGAGUUCAAAGUCCACAGGCUAUAUUUAGACAGGGAAAAUUUCAGCAUAAUUUACUUGUUUCUGCAGUGAAUAUUAUGUGUGAACUGCAUUCGGUAUACAUUUUCUGACUGUUGACAAAAUUUUUUAAUGUGAUCAGUGUUUCUGAAACAAAAAUACAAAUUCUAUUUACAUGCAACUUAAUGUAUAAUAACUUUUAAUGCCUUGUUUUUCUCUGCAAGGAAGAUUGUGGAAUGCAUAACAUCUGCAUGUUUGUAUGUUAGUUGUAUAAGAAGUUUCUAUAUUUCUUGUUCUAGAAAUUUAAGUUACCUAAGUAAUUCUGUAUGGUUAAUAUUCUAUAUGUAAAGUGUUUGGUUACAAUUUAUUUUCCUUCUUGUACAUUAGAAGAUUGUUGAUUUCUGAAAGUUACUGUUAGUAACAAUUACUUUCUCAGUGCAAGUUAAAAAUUGUUACAGCAGAACAAGAAUUAACAAAAAUGAUAUUUACAUUAAAUAUAUAAUUUUAUUUGUAGAAUGGUUUUUGUUUUAUUUUGUAACACAGUUGAGUACUUCAGUUUCAGGAUAAAAUCAUUACACAUUUAUUCCAUUAUCAGCAAAUAAAUCCCCAAAUACAUAAGAGUUUUAAAUAGCAGUGAAAAAAUUUAUCUAGUGUUUCAAAAGUAAAUUAAUUAUCAUUAAACACUUCUACCAAUGUAUAUUUCUCUUGGAGGCUUCUAAGUAAACAGUGUUGAUACAAAAGAGCAGCCAAAAGGAUAAAGAUAGGCCAUAAGAAACCUACACAUUCUAUUUUACUCAAAGGAGAAUAGUGUGGCAUGCAAAAGGCUGUUUAUGUUCAAAAGGCUGUACGUUGCUCAGAAAUCUUAAUACAAUACUGCAAGUAGUAUGAAAGUGUAAGAGAAUGAUAAAUAAGUUGAAAAAUACAAGAAAUCAGAGGUAAGAAGAGAACAAUGAAGAAGUGUUGCUCAGAAGAAUUAACAAAAGUGGCGAAGAAAGGAGGGGUGCCAUAAAUGGUUAGGGACUAGCUCUGUGCUUGCAUAUCUGGAAUUAUUGCCAUAUUCCAAUCUGGGUGGCUUCCAUAUGUGGAACAACUCGUUCAGUAAUUUUUGUGCAGCUUAUAGCCUCAAUUCAGGAAGUUCAGCAAUAAACCCACAAUUUAAAAUAAUUCUCCUAUAAUGAUUGUCAUGUCACUUCGAGCAAGACUAUAAACUGCAGUUAACUCUUAUUCAUAAAUGCAGAUUUUAAAACUGAAUGUGAUGACUUGUGCUACUAAGUACAUGCCUCAGAUUUUGUGUUGCUUCUCCAUUCUAUAAAACAAUUAUUUUUUGUUUGGGGGUUGGGGGUGCACAUUGCUAUAGCGUAGUGAAAUUUAGAUUUUUAUCACUCUUGUACUUCAUUUAAAAUCGCAUAACCUUUUUUGUAAAUUGUUGUACACUCAUAGUCUUCGUACAGAAAAACACCAAAACUGCUAUGAUACUUUCAGUAUAAUUUUGUAAUUUUUCGUACAAGUGGAGUAGGUUCCUUUUUAUUAAAAUUAAACUUGAAGAUUCAUAUUAUGGUGGUGUGUUUGGUUUAAGAAUUGUAAAAAUUAAGCGGUGUAAAAAAAUUUGUUAUUGAAAAGUGUGGAAAAUGUUUACAAAAGGAUAGAACAGUGUUGCAGAAGUUAAUGCGUUGGAUGAAAUGUGGCAAAUGUGUGAAAUGUUGAAAAUAAUAAUAAUACUGUGAAUUUGGUAAUCAACAAAAUUAGCACACAUCAUGUCUCUCGUCAUAAAAACCAAACGUCAAUUAACAUACCAAAUGAAAAUUACUGUAACAAUUAUUAAGCAAAUUCCUUUUACCAUUAACUAUUUUUUAUACUUUUGACCCUUUAAGUUAAUUUGCUUGGUAAUUGGCACAUUUUAGAGACUCCUUUCCAGUUGUAUUGCACACUGGUAAGACUUAAUCAUGCUAUCAAGUGGCAAGGGCCAUAAGUAAUUGAGAAUGUGCAUCACUGAAACAUUUGUACACAUUAAGACUAUAAGGAAAGGUACAAAAUAUUAAGUUUUCAAUAUUUAGUAUUUUGUAGAUAAGUGCCAGACUUCAAAUUUUUGAUUGAGAUUCAAUAACUCUCUUCACUUGUAGAUAUUCUUUUGAUAUGCUACUUAUAAGUGUAAGCACAAUCUUUCAGUGUAGUCUUUAAAAUUGUCUAGUUCUGCUGGUUAUAAUUGUUGCAUAAAUAGUGAAACAAUUUAUGUAAUUUGUGAUAUGUGAACCGACUGAAAUUCUGUAUUUAUUUUGCUAAGUUUGCAUGUAGGUGGAAAAGAAAUGCAAUAAUACUCAAUGUCGUUACUUAUAUAUAUGUAUAGCUGUGUAUAAUGCAUCAUUAUACUAGUAAUGACUGGAUAUUUCCAGUUUGGUUUGUGAAAUAUGUUGUGAGCUGAGGCACAGGGUUUUGUGUUGGAAAUACCUCCUGCACGAAUUUUUGGGAGCCGCACUUUCAGCAUUGCUCUCCUUGGGUCAAAGCACUGACUUUUUUGUAAUAUAGUUCAUAAACAAUUAUUUAAUUUUACAUUCAUUUGUAAAGAAUUUAUAAAACUUUAUUUUUUCAGAAAAAGAUUUUGUUGCAAAUAAAGUGCAGUACUGAAGAUUUGCAGUUA